UAGCCGUUCAAGAUGGCGGGAAGUUCGGGAUCGUUUCGGGAACUUGAAGACAAACCGAGUUCCGCCAUCAUCCAGCACAUGAAAUGGUCGCCCAAGAUGGAUCUUCUCGCGGUGAUAACUGCCGAAGGAGACGUAUGGUUGAAUCGCUUAUCUUGGCAGCAAGUUUGGGCAGUUUCCGCUGGUAAUGAGAAAGCGGUCUGCUUGGCUUGGCGGCCAGAUGGAAAUCUGCUCUGCGUGGGUUACGAAAGUGGCGAGAUAAAAUCCUUCGACAUCGAAAACGCCGAGUGUGUUCAUAAGUGCAGCAUUGGAAAUACUCCUACAUGCAUGGAAUGGACUGAGGAGGUGAAAUCGAGUGCUCCUCGGAAGCCGUCGUUUUAUAUCGAGCAAUCCCAGUUGUACCUCCCGUCCCUGCCAUUUUUACCGAAAUCAGGGGGGGCAGUAUUUUCGAAGGAGUCACACGAUGAAGGGAAUAAGGACCGGAAGAAGUUAUCAUCGUUGCCUGACAAGCUCAGUAUACUAACUGUUGGUGACGUCAGUGGUCAUGUACAUAUCAUGCUAUAUGGUAUGUUCCUUGCCGGGGUACUCCCAAUAGAGAAUGACAUCGAGUCUACUCAUGGGGUAGAAAUUGUGAAUGCAGCAUUCUCAGCUGAUCUGGAGCUCCUUAAUGUUAUUGUCAAGGCCAAACAGAUUACGGGAGCGACAUAUUCCCUUUUAGCAUACACUACAACACUUUUAUCAUCCCACCGCCAUGAGCUUUCCCUCAUUGCAAAGAAAUCUGGUAUUGUUACAUCCCUUCUUGAGUACUUCAACGAAACCAUCAGAUCAAUGUCAGAAGCAUGGGAGGAUAUUCUACUUGAAAUGGAAACCAAACUAACUGCAUAUAUGAAUGAGCAAAAGAUGCCAAAGUUUUCAAUCACCAACGAGUUUCUCACUCUCCUGACAAAGGGGAUACUCUCUCCUGAGCUACAAAAUUUUCUUCUCCAUGACCUCACAGAGAAGGGACUGAAGAAGCUUGGAGUGAACAUUGAUAACUCUUACACAAGUAUCCAAAGUUUAGCUCUAAAGCAUUUGCAGUGUGUCACAGAAGCUCUUCUUUACCAUAUGACAGACAUCAGGGGGAUGGCUAGAUGGUACAAUUUGUUUGGGGUUCUUGGACUUUCAGAGAAGUCAACUGAUGUUGCUAUUAAAAGUUUGGGGGCAGUGAUGCUAAAGAACACAGAGCUGGUGGAAGUUAUUGAGACAAGCCUGAAGAGUUUUAAAGCUUUUUUUCAAUGGCUGUAUUCUAUUAUCCUCCGACUCUCUGAUGAACCUGUCCCAAGCUAUGUGAAGAAAUUCAGCCAACAAGAUAUUCUUCUUCUAGCAAACUUCCUCAAGACCCAGCUCAACACAGAUGAGCAUGGGAAAUUCCGCAUUGAACGUGUUGGGCAGUACUUUGAGGAUAAGCCGUUGACUGUUUUGUCAUCGUUUGGUGACAAUGCCUUUGCAAAGUUUGUGGAAGGCAGUACAGUGCUGAAGGAUAGUCCUUAUAUGGUGAGUCACUCCAUGGAACAUUCUCUCUUGAGUUUGGCAAAGGCCCUUGUAGGUAAUGUCAACCACACAUUUAAGCAUGUGUCUGAAGUCAUUGGGGAGUCUUUCACAUGCAAAGGAUUAGUCACGCUUGGAGAAGCACAGAUGAACACUCCCUCGGUCAUUACACAAGCGUCUAUGGGCACUCCCCCCGCUCAGUACAUUGCUUUCUCUAUUGGUGAAAAACUCUCAGAAAAACUUCAUCUGAUAAAGAUUGAGGCAGAGACAGGGAAUAGCUGUGCAACUACAGUCAACAUAUCUAAACUAGGACAAAAUUCAGAAAUUGAGCAAGAGAAGUCCAUAUUCAAAUUCCAGGAUGCAAUGUUUUACACGCCAGAUUCAUUAACUGCCCUAAUGAGGGAUGAAAAGAGUGAUUCUGAUGCAGAGACUGUUCUUGUACAGAUUCCACUUAAUCUGAUUGAUAAUUCCUAUUUUCGUAAGUUUACACUUGGUGAUGUGAGGAGCAAUGUCACUGAAAGUCUGCAGAUGUGUGAUGUUGGGGCGUGGCUAACCCAGUUUCGUCGCCUUGCUGGAAUGCUGUCUGGAUCCAUUGCUGUGAGUGGUGCCAGAAAGGUGACAUGUGUGCUGUCUGCAUCAAGGCGCCGAGUGAUUAUGCUCGACAUGGAUGCAGAAGAUGAAGAUGAUGAUGAAGAGGGUGAUGUCAGCCAUAAUGUGACUGGGAAUGACUUAAUGAUGGAAAGCUAAAAUAGCAUGAGUUUAGUUGACAUUUUUAUUGGCUGGUACAGUACAGUAGAAAUACUGCCAACUUAAACUCUAAAUGGAGACAAACAUUAGUUUAGCAGGUUUGAUAGAUAGUUAAAGUACAAAUAAAUGAAAUUUAGGUCCAAAUUCAAGGAAAAUCAAGCUCAGCUUUGGUAAACGGGAAUGUGAGUUAUGCACAGGGUUCUACUCUAAAAAUAAUUUUUAGUGAUGCAAUUUUGUAAUUAGCUAAGUGUUAUCCUUGUCAAUCAAAUAAUACACAUUCAUCGUCAUGAUCAUGAGCUUUUUGUGUCAAGGCUUUGAAGAGGCUGAACUUCAAAGAAUGUAUAAAAAAGCUUAUAAUGUAGGCUAAAGACACCAGCCCCCCCCCUCCCAUCUCCACAUGUUUUUCUUUCGUGAGGAAUAUACAAAAUAUAAAGUACUUUUUAAAUUUGAAUGCAGCCUUGGUGUACAAAAAGGUGUGAUGGGUGGUAAACACAUAUUCCUUCUUGUACACCACUCAUAUUUUUUUGAGGAAUCACGUGUGGCCCAGUGUUUUAGUGUGUCAGUGUAUCGUGCCUCUCAUCUCUGCUGAAACAGGUUUGAUUCCCUCCUUCAAAAGAAGACUAUGUCAGUUAGAUUUCUUUAUUAAUAAAAAAAUACAGUUGCUGACUAAAAA